CCGCCGGACGUAAAUCGUUAAAACGAAACGUGAUUAUUAUUAUUAUUAUUAUUAAUAUUAAUUUUUUCCACUGUCAAUCGUCAUACCUAUUAUUAUUUUCAAUUUGCUCACUCAUCGUUCGUCCGGCGUUGAAGUAGCGUUUCUGUUGGUGUCCAUAAAUCAAUUGGUGGUUUGUCCCGUGGUUUCAAUCCAACAACGAAGAGAAUGAAGAAAAUUGCAAUUUUCGGUGCCACCGGUAUGACGGGACUGUGCACCGUUGAAGCCGCUUUGAAACAAGGUCUGGAAGUCAGGGCUCUCAUGAGGGAUCCCAGUCGUAUGCCCGAAGAACUUCGCAGUCAAGUAGAAGUGGUUACAGGCGAUGUCCUGGUCAAAGAAGAUGUAGACAAGGUCGUAGAGGGCAGAGACGCGAUUGUCGUGACUUUGGGAACCAGAAAUGACUUGGCUCCUACCACAAUAAUGUCCGAUGGGUUGAGAAACAUUUUGACAUCAAUGGAAAAAAACAAUGUGAAAAUCGUAUCAGUCUGCUUAUCCACCUUUUUAUUUUACGAUAAGCCCAAAGUGCCUGCAAUGUUCCAUGGCAUCAAUGACGAUCAUGAGCGAAUGUUGCAUUUGCUACAGGCUAACGAAUCUCUGGAUUGGAUUGCUGUGAUGCCACCACACAUUGCUGGCACUCCGUCAGGCGAAUACAGCGUGGAAAUCGGCUCAUCACCGGGUCGUGCCAUUUCGAAAUACGAUCUCGGAAAAUUUAUGAUUGAAUGUUUGUCUAAACCUGAUUACUAUAAACAGAGAUGUGGUUUGGCAACCAAAGUACCAGCUCCGUGAACCAAAAAUUUGACAAUAAAGGAAAUUAAAUAGGUAAUUAAAUGUGUUACGCAAAUGGAAUCAAAAUCUUGGGGGCAGAUGAUAAUCUAUAAUAUUAUAAUUACUGGAUAUGUAAUGGAAUAGAUAAGGAAAUAUUGAAUAUAAAUUAUAUUAAAAAAAUUGUUGAUGGAAUUUGAUAUUUAUACUAUAAUAUAAUUAUAUACAAUAUAAUAUUAAAUAUAUAUGUUUGUUUAUUGGUUAGUAA